AAACAAUUAGAUAAACAAAAUAAGGAACAGUUAGACAUCCCGGUCAUUACAGCUUGCCUGGCCAACGCCCCGGCCCAUUCAAUAACAACUAUCUGCUAACCCUUGCUCCUGGUGUUCCGUAGCACAACUCGGGGCAUUAGCUGAAAAAUAAAGCAACUACGGGAUUACAGCUGUAAACGCUAGCUGCGCGAGUUGGAGCGCUCCUCCCUGCUCCUCGGUCCCUCUGCCCGCGGUGCUGAUGAGAGAGGAUUUGAGUCGCUACCACGCCCCGCCCACAGUGAGAGAGCAGGGAUGACAGUGAUGCAAGGCAUGCCUCUGAGAAGCCUGCAGCCUAUCCAGACCGACCGGACCAGUUUGGACUCUACUCCCCAUUUACAACUCUCCAUAUGUUCUCCACCGCCGAGAUGCAGCUCAGCUUUGAUUUGAGGGCAAUUUAAGAAAUAAACACCCAGGAUAUUCUUCUGUUUUGCUUUUAUUUUACAUUUCUUUUAAUAUUUUGCAACCCCAAACUCCAAAUGCUUCGCCUGCCAGUCUCGCUUUGCAUGUGGCUAUAUCCGGUGGUUCCAGUUUGCGUGCAGGUGCUUUAGAGGAAAAGGUUGCACAGGGGCUUUUUUAAAAUCAGGCUAUUAUUUUUGUUUUUUAAACUCCUCUUUAUCUCUUUGGAAGCUAAACCACAAAUUAUAUUUUCACAAUGGCCGAUGCGAACGCUGAAUGCAAUAUCAAGGUGUUAUGUCGAUUUCGUCCACUGAACCAGUCCGAAAUUAUCCGCGGAGAUAAGUUCAUCCCAAUAUUUCAAGGAGAAGACACUGUCAUCCUCGGGGGGAAGGCGUAUGUGUUUGACCGAGUCUUCCCAACUAACAGCACGCAGGAGCAGGUCUACAGCACCUGUGCCAAGCAGAUAGUCAAAGAUGUACUGGGUGGAUACAAUGGGACUAUCUUUGCCUAUGGGCAGACUUCCUCAGGAAAGACACACACCAUGGAGGGGAACCUUCAUGAUCCCCAGGGAAUGGGGAUAAUACCGCGGAUUGCUGAGGACAUUUUUGAACAUAUAUUUGCCAUGGAUGAGAAUCUUGAAUUCCACAUAAAGGUCUCCUACUUUGAGAUCUACAUGGAUAAAAUCCGGGACCUGCUGGACGUGACAAAGACAAAUCUGUCAGUGCACGAAGACAAACACAGAGUUCCUUAUGUGAAGGGCUGCACUGAGCGCUUUGUCACAAGUCCUGAGGAGGUGAUGGAUGUGAUAGAUGAGGGGAAGGCCAACCGUCACGUUGCUGUCACCAACAUGAAUGAGCAUAGUUCCCGCAGUCACAGCAUCUUCCUGAUUAACAUCAAACAAGAAAACGUGGAGACUGAGCAGAAGCUGAGUGGGAAGUUAUAUCUGGUUGACCUAGCUGGCAGUGAGAAGGUCAGUAAGACAGGCGCCGAGGGAGCGGUGCUGGAUGAGGCCAAGAACAUCAACAAGUCUCUGUCGGCCCUGGGGAACGUCAUCUCAGCGCUGGCUGAAGGAACGAAAUCCCAUGUGCCAUACCGUGACAGUAAAAUGACUCGCAUCCUACAGGACUCGCUGGGCGGGAACUGCCGCACCACCAUGUUUAUCUGUUGCUCUCCCUCUAGCUACAACGAUACAGAGACCAAAUCCACCUUGAUGUUUGGCCAACGAGCCAAGACCAUUAGGAAUACUGUAUCAGUGAACCUGGAGCUCACAGCAGAGCAGUGGAAGAAGAAGUAUGAAAAGGAGAAGGAAAAGAACAGGUCAAUGAAGGAAACUAUUCAAAGACUCGAGGCAGAGCUGAACUGCUGGAGGAACGGUGAGAAUGCUGCUGUGCCAGGGCAGCUGUGUGAAGGAUCUGAGGAUGCCCCCCUGGUUCUUCCAGAAUCUGAGGAGUCAGUUCUUGACGUAUGCAGCCCCUGCACUCCUUGCACCCCAUGCACCCCCUGCUCUAUUGCCUCCUCCAUUGUGGUUCACAUCUCUGAGGAGGAGAGGCAAAAGUACGAGGAGGAGAUUCGCAAGCUCUACAAACAGCUAGACGAUAAGGAUGACGAGAUCAACCAUCAGAGCCAGAUGGUGGAGAAGCUGAAGGAGCAGAUGCUCGACCAGGAGGAGCUUCUCGCAUCGUCCAGAGGUGACAGUGAGAAGGUGCAGUCGGAGCUCGGCAGGCUGCAGGCAGAGAAUGAAUCCGCAAAGGCCGAAGUAAAAGAGGUUCUUCAGGCCCUGGAGGAGCUGGCGGUCAACUAUGACCAGAAAAGCUUAGAAGUCGAGGAGAAGAGCAUGCAGAACAAGCUCCUGGCUGAGGAACUUUCAAAGAAAAUGGCUCAUCUCAUGGCUUUAGAGGCAGAGCUGUCCCGUAUCCAGGAAGUGAGCAGCCACCAAAGAAAACGCAUUGCUGAGAUUCUUAAUGGUCUCAUGAGGGACCUGAGUGAAUUUAGCACGAUCGUUGGAAACAAGGACAUCAAGCUGCCUGUGGAGAUCACCGGAGUGAUCGAGGAAGAGUUCACAGUGGCUCGCCUCUACAUUAAUAAGAUAAAGUCAGAGGUGAAGUCCAUGGUGAAGCGCUGUCGCCACCUGGAGAACCUACAAACCGAGUGUCACCGCAAGAUGGAGGAAACGGGCAGAGAACUGUCUUCAUGUCACCUUCUCAUUUCACAACACGAGGCAAAGAUUCACUCUCUAACAGAGUACAUGCAGAACGUGGAGCUGAAGAAGAGACAGCUGGAGGACAGCUAUGAUUCUCUGACUGAGGAGCUGGCUAAACUCCAAGCUCAAGAGAGCAUGUCACAAGUGACCAGGGGGGAGAAUCACACGUCUGUCCAGAACUCCUGUGAUAUAAAGAGGGCUCUGGAGCAGCAGAUGGAGUCACGCCGUGAGGUGCACAGCAAACAACUGGGCCGCCUGCGAGACGAGAUCAAUGAGAAGCAAAAGAUCAUCGAUGACUUAACUGAUUGUAACCAGAGGCAGCAGCUGGAGCUAGAACAACUGCACAGUGACUUUGAACGUCUCAGAAGCCGAGAGCAUCACAAGAGCCGGCAGCUGGAGGAAUUGACAUUCCUCCAUGAACGACACGAACAAUCAAAACAGGAUCUCAAAGGCCUGGAGGAAACUGUUGCUCGUGAGCUCCACACCCUGCACAACCUCCGCAAGCUUUUCGUUCAAGACCUCACAACUCGAGUUAGAAAAAGUGCAGAGAUGGAGCCUGAUGAUACAGGCGGAUACAUCACCCAGAAACAAAAGAUUUCCUUUCUUGAAAACAACCUGGACCAGCUUACGAAGGUUCACAAACAGCUGGUACGUGACAAUGCAGAUCUGCGCUGUGAGCUUCCAAAACUGGAGAAACGUCUUCGGUCUACAGCUGAGCGAGUUAAGGCGCUCGAGGGUGCGCUGAAGGAGGCAAAAGAAGGAGCCAUGAAGGACCGCCAUCGCUACCAACAGGAGGUGGAGCGAAUCAAAGAUGUGAUGAGGGCCCGCGCUCCCUUCCGCCGACCCCAUGCUGCGCUCAUUGCCAAGCCUGUACGCCCUGGCCACUACCCAGUCUGCUCUCCCACCAACCCCUUCUUUAUCCGAGGCUUCAGCGAUCAGCCCAUUGCCUUCUGCAACGCUGUUUUCCACAACAGAAACCAAGCAGCCCCUGCUCCUGCUGCUCCUGCUGCUCCUGCUGCUACUUCUGCUCCUGCUGCUACUUCUGCUCCUUCCUCUCCUAUAUCUGCUUCUCCUACUUCUCCCUCAACACCAGAGAGUGAGCCCAGGCUACCUGAGUCCAUCUCCAAUCAGAACAGCCCUGCCAAACACCUCAACUUCCAAAACAAUGAUGCACAUGACAGCAAUGUUCAAAACAAUAUGCCUCCGGCUGAAUCAGAAAGCCAAGCAGACAACGCUUCUGAAAUGCUCGAUUCAGAAAACGGAAACACCACAGAUAUCAAUGACAACAGAACUGAUGUGUGUGACAAUCAGGACCCAGCUAAACUCUACAGUCUGCAGCCAGAGGCUUCAGCCAGCUAAUAGUCCUGAGCAGGCAGACCUUUUUUCUGAGGCCUCUGUAAAUCUGCAUGCAGCUGAUCACUGUCCUCCCAGACUCCCCUUCCUCUCGCAUCCUCCUCACCUGCUGUAAACAGACCUCCUGUGUCUUUUUUAGGCACCCUGCUUGUUUUCUUCGAUCCUUUCUCGUUUCUGUAUUAUGACGUGUGGGGUGUAACAGUUUGACAAGCACUGCAUCUCAAAUGCCUGACCUGGCAACCUACACCUGUGAUGCUGCUGCACCCCCUCCCCCAUGACUGGAAAUACGAAGGGACCACAAAUAGAAAGGUGGGGAAGAGAAAGUGCCGUGUGGUAGGUUUCCACUAGGAUGUGCUGUUUGUCUCAGUGAAAGACUCAGUGAGGGAUGUCAGCAUUGAGCAUUAUGAUUAUUAUUAGAACUAUCAUCAGUAUCAUUAAUAAACAUAUGGAAUAUCUAAAAGACAAAAAAUACUAACAACAUGAAAACAGUGUGAUCCUUGCGAUCACUUUUCUGAUAUUUAUACUUUUCACUGCAUGUUGAUUUUCAAUGUUGGUUGUCAGCAUUUUUCAAAAAAUAUGUAUUAAAGAGGAAGAACACUAGUGAAGCAACAAUAUAAACAUGUUAAAGUCCCAAAACUAGUAUAGAAGACAAGCAUCGAGAUGUGUGUGCUGUUAGUACCAAAUCCAAAAGCCAACAAUGCCCUAAGCUGUCUGUCAGAAAUCUGUGACCUCCACAGCCUGUCUGUGGCUCUCUGUAAACUUUCAAAAACAGGUCGUGCCUAUAUUGUGUCAUUUUUCAAAGGCUAAGUAAUUCCCCCAAAACAUUUGAGGACUGCUCUUUUUAGCAAAUGUUAGUCAGUGUACUUGUUAAGGACUAUGCUCAGUCAUGGAUUUAAACACAUUUGGUGCUCUGGUGAGCAUUUACCGCAGCAGGAUGAUGUAUGCAGGACUUACUAAAAAUACUCCACGGUUCAUAGUGAUGAGGAAAAAUGUUAGAAAAGUGUGAGAGUGUGGCUCAGUGAUGAGUUUUUGCACAGCGCAUAGCCUGAGAGAAACGAUAUGAGUAUUCAUAGUAAAUCAAGUCCGUAAUGUUUUGAAGGCUACUGAUGCCAGGCAACUACACUCACUGGCCACUUUAUUAGAUAUGCCUGUGCAACUGCUCAUUAGAUAUCUAAUCAGGAAAUCUCAUGGCAGCAACUUCAUGCUUUUAGGCAUGCAAAAAAGGGGAGAAAAGCACGGUGCUGUGUUGGUCUGAGUAUUUCAGCAACUGCUGAUCUACUAGGACUGAGGUACUCAGAAGAGCAUCUAUAAGUGCACAGCACAUCAAAGUUUCAAGCAGAUGGACUACAGCAGCAGAAGACUACACCAGGUGCCACUCCUGUCAGCUAAGGACAGGAACUGGGGCUACAGUUUGCAUGGGCACUAAACUUGUGCAGCGACUUUCAGAAGGCAGGAUCCGAAUUUGAUGUAAACAACAUGAAAGCACGAUUCCAUCCAGUCUUGAAUCAGUGGUUUAGGUAUGUGGUGGUGGGGUAAUGGUGUGGUGGAUAUUUCCUUGGCACAUUGUUGAGCAUUGUUUAGCUGCCACACUGACCAUGGCGUACCCAUCAGCUUAUUUCUACUUCCAGCAGGAUAACGAGUCACAAAGCCAAAAUCAAACUGGCCUCAAACUGGUUUCUGGAGCAUGACAGUUCUCUGCUCAGAUGCCCUACAGAGUCAGCAGAUAUCAGUCUGAAAGAGCACCUUUGAGAUGUGAUAGAGCAGGAGUCACAUCAUGGAUGUGCAGCUGACAAUUCUGCUGCAGCUGUGUGAUACUGUCAUAUCGAUAUCAACCAAAAUCCCUGAUGAAUGUUUCCUGCACCUUGUUAAACUAAUGCAUUGAAGCACUGAGGCAGUUCUUCAGCCCUAAUAAGUGGACCUAAUAAAGUGUCCCUUGAGUUUAAAAUACUCAUACACACACACACACACACACACACAUAUUCUGUGGAUGAUACUUGGCCAGGGCUUAAUAUAGACAAUAAACCUAUGAGACUCCAAAAGACUCUUUAAGGCAGAAGUUUGUGCUUUAUCAGCCUCAGAGGAUACAUUGUAGCAAGUUUUAUCUGUGAGCAGAAAGUAAAGACAAAAGCAAAUGAAGACAGACUGUUUUAUAAAAACUCAUCGUGUAGUUGUAAAGGCAACUUUACGCUGUAAAUUAUCCCUUAAAACUGCCUGUCAGGGAUUGUGUGUGAAAUAUUUAGUCACUGUCAUGUUAUGCAAGAGCAUGGCAGAGUGGAAAAAGUGUGUAGCAACUAUUUUUAUACUAGCUGGAAAGAAAUAUAUAUUAUUUAUCAUUUGCUCUACUUCAUAUAUUUACUGGCUAUUUAUCUUUAAUUUGUAACGGUUGUAGAGUGAAGAAUUAUCAUUUUGUUUUGAUGUGCAACUGUAUUAUUUUAUAGUUCCUGUAUUGAAUCAUAAAGAUCUGAGAUUUCUGCAGUUUUGUGUGAGCGCCGCCGUUCCAAGAAAGGUUUAAAAAAUGACUAAUCUUACGGUUCUUUGCUGAACCACCUCAGAGUGAAACCAAAGCCCCGACUGUAGUGAGUCACUUAAAUAGGAUCUUAUUCUGUGCAAGCUCUAAGCUCUGCUGGAGACAUGAAGCAAGGGUUACUCCAGGUUAUCAAGAGCUGAAACAGUCCUGUCUUAUCCUGCUGACUCACACAUGCGCACAUGGAUGUAGCACCUCAUCAGUCAGUGAGGUAUUUGACCUUUGACCCCUAAGUACAGAUAAUGUAUCAGUCCCAUAUUGAUUGGGUGUAGUUUUCUGAGCACAUAGGGUGGCAGUUCACUCGCACACUGACGGUCAGUAGCUCCACACCACCCGUCACAUUCUCUCUGUGCACCUCCUGAUCAGACAGUCAGGAUGGAAGGGUCGAAGGUGACAGUGGACGCUGAGCUUUGCGUGUCUGUGUGCAGUUCUGUAUAUGAUUGUGUGUAUUCCACAGAUAAAAGCUGUCUCUCAUUAGCAGAGUUUUGCACCUGCUUCUAACCAAAAUGGACCAGUAAUGUUUAUCAAAGCAGUCUACAGGUUAGUGUGCAUGAACAACAUAUUUGUCUUUAAGAGGGACGAAGGAAGGAGUUUUAUUUUCUGAAGUGCACAACAUGUUAAGUGUGGCCGUGUUGCAGACAUACACACUUCCUGUGCUGUGUGGUUUCUGAGAUAAAGUACGUCUACUUCACCCUGUAAUAGUGUUUUUCUACAAUGUUAUAACAAACAUUAACUGUAUAUAAAAGAUGGACAUCACCCAGUGGUUUGUAAAGUUCUGCCAUGAAGUCUUGAACUGAGCUUGUUGGCCUUCUCUGUGUUUUUGCUUGUAGUCUGAUUUCAAGAGUCGACGCUCCUGCUCUAAAGUAUACCCAGCUUUCUCUUUCUUUUUGAUUCUAAUCAGAACCAUAAUUGAUAAAAUGAACAACAUAUCGUAUUUGAUAAGAAUUGAAGCUAACCAAUAAGAGUUAUCAGGAUAGUGUUUGCUGAGGUAAUGGGGGAGGGAACUGAGGGUCACUUUCACAUCAGAUUGUAUAGACCUCUACAUAAUGUGACGUUUUAUUGAACCCUCAGGAGUCGGACAGACUGUAGGUUUGAUCCACUCUGGCUUCACUUUUCAGACUCUGCAGCUAUGUCCUCCUUUCAUAUUCAGUAUACGAUGAAAAACAUAAGGAUUUAUCUAUGUGAUAUUGUUCAGUACCAUUACCUAACCUGCUUAUGCUUUGGUGGGUCAGGCGGGUGGAGGUGGGGUGUGGUCCUAAGGUUACCAGUCAACACACAGAGAUGGGCUCACAUCCACACCUGUAGACAAUUAGGUCACCAAUUAACCCAGUUUAUGGAUCUCUUUUAAUAUCCUAAUUUUAACUGGCACCAUAAAAUAUUUAAUUACUAUAUUACUAUAUUUUUUAUGGUUGUCCCUCUUUAACACAAAGAUGUUACUUGUAACAGAUAAUUCUUAUUACAAGACUGAGGCUGAGUGAAAUGUGUGUAGCAUUCUAAUUAUUAUUACAUCCCUUUAAUUGCCCUUUAAAUCAGAGUAUUUUUUCAUCAUCUGUCUUUCUAAAUGGUAAUAAAAGGCCACUGAACUUUUGAAGUUGUGUGUGUGUUUACAUAACCUAUAGAAACCGCGAGUUGAACAUAAAUGACCUUCCUCGUCAGCACGCUGUCGCUGAAAACAGCCUCCUGAACGUGCACUGUGGUUGCUGAUCAAACUGGAAGUGUUUGAAUUACUGUGUGUGGAUCUACGUUUAUUUUAUUUUUGAAAAACAAUUGUUCUGUUUGUCUUAAAGUAAUUGUAACAAAUCUAAAAAAUAUUCCGACAAGAUCAAAAAAUUGUGAUACUGUAUCCUGAACAUGCAGAAACAGAACUGCAGGAAUGGCCGAGCGGUUAAAAAAAGACAGAGGCGAUGUGUCUGUGUUUAUUUGUACAACAGUGUAUUGUUUUAUUUGUUUAUGGCGUGUGAUUUAGUGCAUGAACUACUCUCUUCUGUAGCUGCUGAGAAACAGCACUGUUAUUUCAUGAACUCACCUUUCAAUAAAUAUGAUGCUGUGUACAGAGGA